CUUGGUUAAUUCCUUUAGGAACUAGUAGUAUCAUGAAUACAAAAAAUGCAAAGUGCCCCAGUUGUGUAGCUAACAUGACUACCAACAGGAAAAGUUGUGUAUUCUGGUACAAACUACAAGAAAACAAAGUCGAGCCAACAAACAUUUCAGCUGUUGCAUUUUCAGUGGUUUACCUUAUUUGGAAGUGUUCAAAAAGUCUUGAGAUGGUGGGUGGAGUUUUUUUCAUGAAUAGGCAGUUUGAAAGUUCCUCAUUGAUUAGGGUAUAAAAAGGCUGGCUUGGAGGCAGCCAUGAUCUGCUGUCGAGAAUCACACUGAAAGAACGUCGGACGGCCCACCCCAGCCCUGUGAAGAAGCAAAAUGAAGGCUGCUUUUCUUCUUUCUCUGCUUUGCAGUUUGACACUCACUUUGGCUUUCGUCUGUGGACCUCUCCCAAAAGAGAAAUUUGAGACGUGUGACAGCAAAGGAUUGAGCAACUGCACCAAAAUCGGACGCUCGUGUUACCAGUACUUCCGAGGGCCUCUGCCUUUUUAUUGUGCCAAUGAGUUUUGCAGAAAUCGAGGGUGUGGAGGACACCUGGCUUCAAUCCACAGUUCAAGGGAGAACAACUUGGUCUUUAAUCUUGUGCGGCGAGGGAACCCCUCGAACCCGAGAGGCUGGAUCGGGGGGCUCAGGUUUCCCAAGACUAACCUCUUCAUAUGGUCUGAUGGGACAAAAUGGGAUUAUAAUUACUGGGCAUCAAACCAGCCUGACAACUGGCAAAGCAACGAGGAUUGUGUUCAUUUCACCGAAUACAAUGCCUCACGCUGGAACGACCUGAGCUGCACUACUCCGCAGGGUUUCGUCUGCAAAUUUCACCAUCGAGGCUGAAGACAAGAGGGGCGACUGAGGAUGAUAACAGCGCUUUUACCGUUUCUGCUUGUUGGAUCUAAAUAAAUAAAUAGUCCUGCAGUGGUAGAAUAGGAGGAGUAAGAAUACACCACGUUAUCGAUGAGUCACGAUACUUUCUUUACAUGAUACAGUAGUGUGCACAUUUAUCAGGUAAGGCUCUGUGAAACCAACCGUAAUGCUAAUCAGAAUGUGUGAAACCAGCCAUAAUGCACCCAUAAUAUGUGAAACCAGCCCUAAUGCUAAUCAGAAUGUGUGAAACCAGCCGAUGCUAAUCAGAAUGUGUGAAACCAGCCCUAGAUUACAAUGUUUAAUUCAGAGCUUCAAGACACUCAAAACCACCAGUAGCUGAAAUAUUCAUCUGCUUGACUUAAAGGUUUUGCCCUACAUUGUAAAAUCAGUUUCAAAGAUCACUAGGCUAUUAACAACGACAGGGUGACUGCAGCCCAAGUUAUCAGCCUUAAAUGGCUGCAUGGCCUUACAAUGGAACGGAACUGAACUGAACAAAUCGGAUACGACUGGAUUUAGAUUCAUAUUUCAUUCAACCGUUAAACCCUGUUUUAUAUUAUAUUUCAUUACCGCAAUCUGUCUUCAUUUACUCGAUUUUAUUUAUUAUAUAUUUUUUUUCUUUUACAAACAUGAUAUAUAGAGAAUAAUGCACAGGGUAGUGUGUGAUAUGAGAAUGCCCACCCGAGGGGCGGGAUGUUACAUUAACCCAGAGGGCGAAGGCCGUGGGGGCAUUCAAUUCUCAUUUAUCUCACACUAUCCCAUGCAUUGUUUUUUAUAAUCUCUGCUGAGCAAUUUGUUUUCCGAGGAUUUAUAAUGUUUUUUGUCUUAGCAUUCUCUAAUUCUGGUUGGCUCAGAAAAGCUAUAACAACAUUUUAAAAAAAGCAAUCCAGUAUAUUAAAAAAUACUUUAUUGGUUAAACCCCCCGUCACAUUUCAGCUUGGAUGAAGGCAAUGCUAAAUUGAAACACUUAGUUUUUUAAUGUUCUUUUUGUAUCCAAUAAAUUGUCAUUUGCGGGGGUUUCCUUUCCUUUCUUUCGAAGCGGCACGUUUCAGACCUGUGCACUGUAGCUAACCAUGUCAUGUACUCGUGUAUGUAUGUAUGUGUGUGUGUGUGUGUGGGG